CUUCAUAAACAAAAAAAAAACCCUCCUCAUAAUUAACCUUUGAGACAUAUUCCUUUAUAAAUUUGAAACAAAAGAGAAAAAGAAAAACAGGAUAGAAUAGAUCAUUUUGUAGUUUUAGUCAUAGAAAAUGGGAAUAGAGAAGAGUAUCUCUCUCUUUGUUUUGCUAGGAUUUGCUGCAGUAGGUGUUUCAGGAACACCGGAUUACCGCGACGCCUUGACUAAGUCACUUGUUUUCUUCGAGGGCCAGAGGUCAGGAAAGCUCCCGCCAGGGCAGACCUUGAACUGGAGGGGCGAUUCCGGGCUCAGCGACGGCUCGGCAGAGCAUGUGGACCUUACUGGUGGCUACUACGACGCUGGCGACAACAUUAAAUUCGGCUUCCCGAUGGCCUUCACCACAACAAUGCUUGCAUGGAGCGUGCUCGAGUUCGGCCGGCAGAUGCCGAAAGAACUCGAUCACGCUCGCGAAGCGGUUCGUUGGGGCACGGACUACCUCCUCAAGGCCUCUAGUGCACUUCCUGAUGCUCUCUAUGUUCAGGUUGGGAAUCCAAAUGAGGAGCACAAAUGCUGGGAACGUGCGGGGGAUAUGAGCACAUCACGGCCGGUGUACAAAGUUACUUCCUCGAACCCAGGCUCUGACGUCGCAGCUGAGACAGCUGCAGCACUCGCAGCUGCCUCCCUUGUAUUCAGGCAUGCUGAUGUGCACUACUCGAACAAGCUGAAGGAAACUGCAGUAAAAGCCUUUGCCUUCGCCAAUAAAUAUAGAGGAAGCUAUAGUGACUCCCUCUCCUCGGUCGUGUGCCCGUUCUAUUGCUCAUAUUCUGGAUACGAGGAUGAAUUGCUGUGGGGAGCUGCAUGGCUCUACAAGGCCACUAAAAACUCUUCUUAUCUAAGCUAUGCCAAGUCUCUUGGCAUCAAUUCUGACUCAGACUCAUUCAGUUGGGAUAACAAGAUCCCUGGCGCCUGCGUGCUCCUUAGUCGAGACUAUCUUGUACAGAAGAACGAAGAAGCAUCGGAAUUCCGAGAGCAAGCAGAGAGGUUUAUGUGUAGUGUUCUACCGAACUCCUCAUCCAUGAGUGUGAAAUACACGCCGGGGGGGCUUCUUUACAAGAUGAAUGGCAGCAACAUGCAGUAUGUGACCACAACAUCCUUCUUGCUGUCAGUUUACUCCAAAUAUCUUAAAGCCUCAAAACAGACCUUCAAAUGCGACAAUUUGGUCGUCACGCCGGCUCAGCUAAGGGUUUUAGUUAAGAAGCAAGUAGACUACAUUCUGGGAGAAAACCCAAGAGGAAUGUCAUACAUGGUAGGCUAUGGCGAAAAUUUUCCGCGAAGAAUCCACCACCGCGACUCGUCGAUUCCUACUAUUAGAGUUAGCGCAGAGGCCGUGGGCUGUGAUGGAGGCUUCCCUUUUCUCUAUUCCGACAAGCCGAACCCGAACAUACUGACCGGGGCGGUCGUCGGUGGGCCGGACGAAAAUGACAACUUUGCCGAUGAUCGGAAUAACUAUGCCGAAUCUGAGCCAGCUAUAUACAUCAAUGCACCUUUAGUAGGGGCAUUGUCUUACUUAGCUGCAAAUUUUCAACUUUGAACACUUCUAACUUACUACUGAUUCUUCGGUCAAAAAAGUUACUUCUUAUUCACAAAAUGGUGAAUAGAAUUAGACUUUUCGGAAUCACAUCUUUUCACCUGAGAGGAUGUUGUGUUCUUAGUGUUAAAUAUAAAAAUGUAAAACAAUCGUUGUACUUUAAAAUCUUAAGCUGUUAGAGAUAAGGGGCGUGUUA